UGCAUCCUGCUAUUCUCUUAUGGCUGCCAAAGUAGAGUCAAGAGCAAAAAGCCCGGUACUGCUGUGGUAGAGACUCUUCAAGUGCUGAAUGUUGAUGUGCACCAUAUUGACAAUGAUGCAGCAGGACCUUGACUCGAGGGAGCAAGUGUGCAUGCUGUGUUGCCAAGCAGAGGUGGAUCCAAAUAUUUGCGGGUGCAAAAAAGUGAGGAAAGGGCUCUGUUUCCACACUUACUGCGUGUUCCUUGCUAGCGAGACUUUUCUGGAUGAGACCUUAAAUGGGUUUUGCAUUUCGGACAUCAAGUACGCAAUCCUGGAAGCAUCCAAGAAGGUCAGGCUGGAACUGGCAAGACCAGGAGGUUUGGUCCAGGAGAGCCUUUUGGGAGCUUCUCUUGGAGCCCAGGAGUGA